AUGAACAAAAGCGGUAGGCGUGAAAAUGUAAGUUUAUAUUUUAAAUUGAUGAGGAUCUUUUACAAUUCGUUAAGAGUGUAUUUAUCUUUCUACAUUUUUCUCAACUUCAGGUACACUGCCGACCUCGUCAAGCUCGUGCUGACGCAAAUCAAACUUUGGACGAUGGUAAAAUAAAGUCUAGAAGUGAAAAGGCCGAUCAAAAGUCUGGAUUCUGUUAUUCUGGAGAGAAGAGAAAGCCGAUGGCCAGAUUCAGAGGAGGACGAAGAACCAGACCAGCGAAGAGAUGUUAUCCUACCUCCAGAUACACUCCUCGUCCUUCCAAACAACAAAUGAAGUGCAAUCUUUCCGACGAUAGAUCUCCAUUACAUCUGACCUUUUCGGAAGACAAGUUCAACGAAUCGGACGAGUUUGAUGUGUCGGACAAGUUCAAUGUCUCUGAUCAUUUAAACGAGGACGUGGAUGAGAUGACGGAUCGUAUGAAGGCUGUCCAUCUUUGGUACAAGACCCAGCUUCUUCAGGAACAGACCAAGCAGCCAGGUUUAGGUAACAAGAUUGAUAUGACGGGCAGACGAGUGGACACGAAUGGGAAUCUGAUCUGA